AUGGUGGGUGUGUGCCUGCGGGCACCUGACAGCCCCUUCCCCCUUACCAGGGAAAAUGACAAGUGUGUUGAGAAGAAGAUUGUGGCAGAGAAAACCGCUGUUCCUGCUGAGUUCAAGAUCAAAUCAUCCCUCCUGAGGAAACAGAGCUUACCUCCAGUAUCUCCCCCAGACAAUGAUGAGGAGCUGUUGUUCUUCCUGGUGAACACCGACAAAUCAGAUGAAUACCCAAUCGUCUGCAUAAAGAGUGCCCAGGGGGCUCCUCAGAAGAAAUUGGUCUGCCAGGAACUGGCCAAGACCCUGACCUUCAACAAGGAAGCCAUGGAGAAGUUCAGCAAUUUCGCCAAAACAGCGGAUGCUCAAGUCAUUCUGUUCUUCAUCCCCGGCCAGGUGGAUGAGCCCUGCCGCUUCUAGGUACACCCCUGCCCAUCCUGCAUCAGGAACCAGGGAGGACGAAGACACUGGUGCUACUGGAUGUCACUCUGCCAGAACCAGCAUGGUGUCCCCCCUAUUCGUCUGGCCUGAGCCUUAACUCAGCAAUAAAGAGAGAACC